AAAAUUUUAGAUCUUACAUCAAAACAUAAAUUCUCGACAAAAAUUUUAAACUUUUAUUUCUUCAUCAUAUUCAUCAUAUCCACUUGUUAAUUAGAAUCUACAAAAAUGCAGGCACCAGUGAUUGUUAUGAAUACUAAUGUGGAACGGGAAGUUGGAAGAAAAGCCCAAAUAUCCAAUAUCACAGCGGCUAAGACCGUUGCCGACGUUAUUCGUACCUGUCUUGGACCUCGUUCUAUGCUCAAAAUGCUUCUUGAUCCAAUGGGUGGAGUUGUACUCACAAAUGAUGGUAACGCUAUUCUUCGUGAAGUUGAAGUAGCGCAUCCAGCAGCGAAGAGUAUGAUUGAGUUGAGCCGAACACAAGAUGAAGAAGUCGGAGAUGGUACCACUAGUGUUAUAAUUUUGGCCGGAGAAGUGCUUGCACAAGCAUUACCUUAUCUUGAACAAAAUAUCCAUCCGAUCGUCAUUAUAUCAGCUUUUAAAAGGGCUCUUGAAGAUGCUAUUAAAAUAAUUGAUGAAAUUUCAAAACCGUUAGAUGUUGAAAACCAAGAUGAAAUGUUUAAUUUAGUUAAAGGUUCUAUUGGUACAAAAUUUGCGAGUCGUUGGAGUGAUUUAAUGUGUAAAUUGUCUUUAGAUGCUGUUAGAAUAGUAUCUAAAGAUGAUGAUGGAAAACGCGAAAUUGAUAUAAAAAGAUAUGCUAAAGUUGAAAAGGUUCCUGGUGGGGAAAUUGAAGAUUCCAAAGUACUGGAUGGUAUUAUGGUGAAUAAAGAUGUUACUCAUUCUAACAUGCGCCGUCGUAUUGAAAAUCCUCGUAUAGUUCUUUUGGAUUGUCCAUUGGAAUAUAAAAAAGGAGAAUCUCAAACAUCAGCAGAGGUUAUGGAUGAAAAUCAUUGGAAUAGACUAUUACAGAUUGAAGAAGAACAAAUAAAGGAGAUGUGUGAUGCAAUAAUUUCAGUUAAACCUGACCUUGUAUUCACAGAAAAAGGUGUUUCUGAUCUUGCACAACAUUUUUUGACAAAGGCAAAUAUUUCCGCUAUUCGCCGUGUUCGUAAAACUGAUAAUAAUCGUAUUGCUCGUGCUGUGGGCGCUACUAUAGUGAAUCGUUUAGAUGAUUUAAAAGAGGAAGAUGUUGGCACAGGGUGUGGCUUAUUCUCCGUUGAAAAGAUCGGUGACGAAUAUUUUACUUUUCUCACAAAAUGCAAAAAUCCGAAGGCAUGUACAAUCCUGCUUCGUGGUCCAUCUAAAGAUAUUCUCAAUGAAAUAGAACGUAAUCUUCAAGAUGCCAUGAGUGUUUCUAGGAAUGUAUUCUUUAACCCAUCAUUAGCUCCUGGAGGGGGAGCUACGGAGAUGGCUAUAAGUGUGAAACUAGCUGAAAACUCAAAAAAAUUAGUGGGAAUAGAACAAUGGCCUUACAAGGCAGUUGCAGAAGCCAUGGAGGUUAUUCCAAGGACUUUGAUUCAAAAUUGUGGUGGAAAUCCUAUUAAAGUUUUAACAGAAUUGAGGGCUAAACAUGCUACGGGAAAUCAUUCGUGGGGUAUUGAUGGAGAAGCCGGUACAGUUAUCGACAUGCAAGAAUAUGGUAUUUGGGAGCCAAAUGCUGUAAAAGUGCAAACCAUUAAGACAGCAAUUGAGUCUGCAUGCCUGCUCCUACGCGUUGAUGAUAUUGUUUCUGGCGUGUCAAAGAAAAAGUCUGGUGGUGCACCAGCGUCAGCACCAGAUGCAGAAAGUGCUGAAGUAGAUGAAAAGGCACAGUAGAAUAGCUUAUGGAUUUUUAUUUUGUAUUUAAAUUGGAAUUAUUAUUGAUAAUAAUAGAAUGUAAAAAUUAAUCAAAGUCCGUACAUUAAAAUUUAAUAAACAAAUCAAAACUUGGUAUUAAAUAAAAUAAUGAAAAGGAUAAAUAGGAU